AUGUCUGGGCGCCGUUGUUAUCCUCACAGGGCUCGGUUUGAAAGAGAGCUUAGAUGUGCCCAAGAACAUGACAUCCCGAUAUCAGGAACUACCUUCACCGCUAUCAGAUUCAGGUUUAAUUUCUACAAAGAUAUUCGCCAGAUAAUUGUCAGCUCAGAAAUCAAUCACCCUUUGCCACCUCCCUCCACCUCUCCUUUGACAUUACCCAAAUUCAUCCUUUCUCAACUCGAGGCCCAGAGGGUUGCUGACCCCAAUAGAAUCCCUCCGCAGUUAUCUGUGAUUCUAGAGCUCAUCUCCGGAACUCUCUCUAAGAAACCCACCCGGGGCAAAGCGUUUAACUUCCCAACCCUGUUUCGAUACUACCACGGCGAGUGGUCCAAAACCUACCUUGUCUACGCCUACCUCGAUCUCCAGAUGGAAUCACGCAAGUACACCAUCGCCGAGCUUCAGCAGCUCAAAACUACCUAUUGUAGAGACGCAUUGGACAAGCUAUGUGCUAACCACGAAGUUGCUGAAAUUUUCAAGGGCCUAACGAGAAAAAUGCCUGCCCAAGUUAGAUACAUGAAGAAGUCGAAGGAGGAUAUGUCGUCCUCGACGGAGAGUGAUGAGAUUAUAUUCCACGGCAAGAAGAACAACCGAACUCAGUGGCAAUACAAAGGCCGCACCGGAUCCGAGGUUUCUUCUAAAGAACCGCUCCCUGCUCCCGCAGGACUUGUGGCACAGCAAAGUGAAGGCUUCCAAAGAUUCUUCAAAGCCGUCGUUUCGCCUACUCACGUUCGAGUAACAGCUGGAGGAAGAAUCGUACCGAACACACGCGGCUCCGUAUCACCCACAGCAAAAUGGGACAAGGAACAUUCAGCGACCAAUGGAUUGGGUUCGACAGAGGCUUCUAAAGACGAGAAACCCCAUGUCACUAGCGGCGCUACCAAUCAAUUUCCACAGGCGCAAAUCCCUCUACAGUUCCCUACCGCUCCGGGAUAUUUCCAGCACAUGGGCUUGCCUAUGCCUCUAUACCCUGUUCCUCACGGAAUUCCCAUGGCCUUUGGUAUGCCUACUCUUCCUUUUGCACACUCAGGUGGUAAGCAGCCCACUCCCACUCAAAGCCAGCAGGAUAUCGAUGAAGCGGCCAAAGAAGUUAAGACUCAAGACGGUGCCGGCGAUAAGAAGCCAAGGCCCGCUCCUAUUAAGAUCACUCCUAGAGAUCAGUUCGAGCAGAACCGUCCGUUCUACCACAAUGGUAACGUGAUCUAUCCUCCAGCCUAUGGAUUGGUACAGGGCCAAAUGCCUAUGCCGAUGAUGCUUUCAAGUCCGUGUUUCCCACCUGGUGUAGUCGGACAUCUGGGUCCUGUCGGCCCUCAGAUGGGCGCUUUCGGCUCAAUGGGACAGCCAUCCCCUGCUGCAUCAAUGUUCAGUCCGGCCGCUAUCGCUUCUCCUCAUUUCAAUGUCCCCCACGCUGCUAGUGGAGGUGCUCGAUCAGUGCAGCCAACGUCUGCUCCUAGUCAGGGAACUACACCUCACAUCACAUCAAUUAGACCGAGUGAAAUCACAAAACGUCAACUUGAUGCAUUGAAGACUUCCCUUAAGUACUACGAAGAUCAGCUCCAAUACAAUAGGCACCAGAUUGACGAAAAAUGGACUGAAGAGCAAGCAGAUAAGCUGAGAGAAAGCGUACAGCAGUUUGAGCAGAACUAUAAGAUGCAGGCAAAUUUCGAAGCCUCCUACUACCCCCAAGUCCCGACUGGAUCUACAAGUUCAACUCAACAAGGAACAUUUUGGAAGACCCCCACGGGAAGUUCUAGCGUUAGAAGCCGCCGAGGAGGAAAUACGUCUCAGAAUAGUUCCGUCGGCGUUGGUGAUCAGGGCCGCAACCUUUCGCAUUUCCAAUCAUCUGAGCGAACUAGCUCGAGACAUGGUAACCACAGAAACUCGAAAGUGAUCGGAAUCAACUCGAGUAAAGGUAAUACAUCGCCGCUCAGUCUGGACCCUGCGCUGGAAGCGCUUAUCCAAGAGAAAAUGAGGAGAGGACUUGCCGCACCUGAACCGAUGAAGAACAUGGGAUCCUACACUGACGUUUCUUCUGCCCCUACAUUUGACGGAGCACCGCAUUCCUUUGCAACUCAGUCAGAAGGAAUAAAUCUUGGACCACAGGCUGGAUUCUCCAACACACAUGGAAUUGCUGGAUGGCCAUCCCUUGGCAUGAUGCCGUUUGACCAGAGUGGCAACUGGAACAACAUGUUCUCUACAAACUCGAACACAGCCAACCGCGCCUCUGCUGUGAAUUCUCAGCCGUCGUCGGCGAGUUUUGCUCCGAAUAGUCACAGCCGUCCAUAUCUCGUUGGAACCCUACCCCGAGGAGUGAAUCCUCAUAUUGGCCAUGGAGCGGAGUACGUAUAUUCGCGAGAGUUAACCGCGGAGGAGAAGCGAGCUCGAAGUAACUACUGGGGCCACGUUCCGAAUGUAGGGUUCGGCUUACCAAAGUUCGACGGUAAGGAUUUCUAUCCACCUUCACCAGCAAAAGCUACCCGCGGCGCUGAGGCUUCCCAAUCUACAUUCCGUCCAACAAUACCAACUGGCCGACCUGACAUCGACUUCGGCUUCCGAAUUCAGCCUACAGAGAACGACCCGUUCCGUCCCAGCCAUGGGACUCAGAAGAUCAGCAAAGCUAUCCCGAUUGUUGCUCCUGACGAUGCUAGCCGAGGGGGCGCGUCCAAGAAGGAUUCUGCUUCUCAAGGACUACGUGGUGAUAACACUGACGGUUUCUCUAACAAGCCCAAGAGCAACAAGGCUCCGUCCCCAACCGCGUCAUCCGAGAUCGACAAGAAGCAGGAUUCCAUGGGCCGACGAACCGUUGAAAGAUCUAGCAACAAGUCCGGAAAUGAUCUCUGGCAAACCAUGCUGAAGAGAGGGCCAACCAGCGGAGCCGUAGUGCCUAGCACAGUCUCAUCGACCACAGCUACGGGAUAUUUGCCUCAGUAUCAUGGACAUGCUGCCGCAUCUCUCGGACCUGCAAUUUCUAACACGAGCAACAUGGCGACCCGCGCUUCACCUGAGGCUGGAGACAAGAGUAUUGAAUAUGAUGUACAACGAUCUGCAGAGAAAGUUGGAGAGAAUUGCCCACCUAACGAGACGCGCUCGGCAGACUACGAUCCGUUGAAAGAUGUCCAGGAACGUAUGCUUCGUGACGCCGAGCGACGUGGAGUCGUUGGUUCGGACUGGUGA